AUCACAAUCACGAAUUUCUGCGCUCCGAACUACGGCUUCACCGCGGACGGUGGGGGCCACUGUAACCCUCCCAAUAAGCACUUGGUCCUCCCGAUUGAGGCCUUUGAGAAGAUCGCUAUCUGGAAAGCUGGUAAUAUGCCGGUCCAGUAUCGCAGGAUCAAGUGUAGAAAGGAGGGAGGAGUUCGUUUUACUAUAGAUGGGUCUAGUAUCUUUAUUUCCGUGCUGAUCAGCAAUGUUGCCGGCGCUGGAGACAUAGCUGCAGUGAAGAUCAAGGGUUCAACAACUGGUUGGCUUCCAAUGGGACGGAAUUGGGGUCAAAACUGGCAUAUAAAUGCUGAUUUGAAGAAUCAGCCUCUUUCUUUUGAGGUCACUAGUAGCGAUGGGUUGACGCUCACAUCUUACAACGUUGCUCCCAAGAAUUGGAACUUUGGGCAGACUUUUGAAGGGAAGCAGUUCGAGUCUUGAAAAAAACCACCAUGUGGGAGAAAUACUGAAAAACCGACUACGUCUCUUAAUCUUCCACUUUUUUAUGUUUCCAUUUUCCUGGGAAUAUUAGUUGUUAGAUUGCAAAUGAUGAUAUUUUGUACAAAA